AUGGCUGAGCCCGGUCCCGGGGCGUCCUCCUCCACGCAGCCUGAGUCUCCGCACCAGUCCUCCGUUACCUCUACUCCCUUGCAUCGGGCAACGCACAUUCACUUCCCAGUAGACCCCCUCACCGUAGGAAACGAGAAUGGUCACCACUCACUUGGGUUGGGGCCUCCUCCUUUGCUCCGUGGUAAGUCCGGCAUUCAUAGUGGUCCCCUGCUUCCCCAGCAAGACGAGAAACGACGGCGGGUCAAGUCGGUCGACGCGUCUGCAGUCGAAAUGUACACCACUAGGGAAUCCGCGCCCUCACGCAGAACCACGAAUUACUCUCGAAGAUUGGACCAGCGGGAUGCUACUGUGCGGGCAGCUUCAAACGUUCUUACCGAGACCUUUUCCGAUGAGUACGACCUAUACCCAGGAGUGUUGGAGGACGUGCAACGUGCCUUGAAGCUGAAGGCUCGACGUGAAGCCCGUUUGAGGACACAGUCCAGCCCUUUACGCGUGGAAUCGCAUCCCCCCUCCGACGACAUAUCCCUCUCCUCCAGCCCGUCUGUAGCGGUCCCCGUCAACCUCACCUCUCCAUUGGUACGCCCCGUGCGGCUCUCUGGUGAUUCAGAGAUCGACUUCAGUCCCUCCAUCGGCGUUGUGCCAUUCCGCGCCAUUCCUUCUUCAUCUGACGGCGGAGCCACGUUGGACUGGAGCUCAUCUCCUCUCGAAGACGCUCGAGAUCGUCGUUGGUCACUUUCCAGAAGCAAACGCAAGUCCAAGGACCAAGCCUCUUUCAAUGGCGCUUUCGGUCGCGAGCAGGAGGCACAUCACGCGAGCAAGCUGAAGGAAAUUCGUUCUGGUGUCAGUCCCUUGACUCUGAGGAAAGCGGAGAUGAUCAAAGAUCAGCUGCGACGGAAAUAUGAAGUCCUCUUCUCCAAGAGUAAAUCACCCUCCCCUACUUUAUUGGAGGUCAGGCGAUGGUAUCAUAAUCAAGGCGAAGAACUUCGAUCCACACUUGAUCAGGCGGAGCCUUUGACGUGGAUGAAGCAUCUUUGGGACAGCCAAGAAUCUUCAAGGCCAAAGCUCUCGUCUUGGAGUCCUACGGCUCUUGUCUUUGAAGAGUACGCGAGUGCUCACUCCGCAAGACCUACGAUGGACACCAUCCCUGAGAACGACGUGGUCCUUCCAUCGUCACCCUAUACGACAUCAUUCUCUGAUGCUCGAUCACCUACCAGUAGCUCCUACUCGUGGGCUACUCCCCGUCAUUCGUUGGAAGCUGCAAUCUCCCUUGCCCGGACCUCCUAUGACGCGCAAGUAUCAUUCGAACCGUUGGUUGAAUCUGGAAGAGAUUCCCUUGGCCCAGAUUCACGCCGAAGCAGUGACAACUACAAAGCUUGGCCUGUCAACGGAGGCGACUCGGCACAGAGUUCGCUCUAUAGCGUAGUCUCGAAAGGAGCCUCUCCUAACAGCAGUCGCAAACGGUUACGGGAGCUCAGGAAACGACUCGCACUUCGGCCCAGCGACGAAGCUCUGUCAUCUGCAAGGAACUCCUUGUCUGAGAACAGCGGACACAGCGCGUCAGAGGAAGGAGGAAAUCCUAUGCGCAAACUCACAUCCCUUCAACCUCCUCGUAGCCGACCCACCAGCCUCCAUAUGCACUCUCCAAACCCGUCGGCGGUACAGGCAGCCUCCGAUGCCCCGACUUCUAGCGAGCAUUCUGACAUACCCGCAACGGCUACUCAGAGCAGCACUCGCUUCCCUGGUGUUACUGAUGCAAGCCUGACUCCAAGGCCCGAAUCUGCGUCCAAAGAGGGCGCGCACUCCACUUUCCUACGUCGCAAGUUCAGGAGAUCUCUACCAUCUGCCAAUGGCGUGUUCGCUCAACAACAGCAGAAGCGUCGACGAUCUGCGAAUGAGGAGAAGGAGAGGGAGGAAUAUGAGGUCAAGGCCCAACUUUUGGAGGAUACCCUCUCCCAAAAUUACCGCGUACGACAUCUUCUUCAACGAGUCUGUGGAAGUAUCCGCGACUACGACUCCUUGCAGGCCGGCCUAUCGACUCUUCUUGGAAUACAGUAUUCAAGGAUACCCUCAGAGGUACUAGAUGCCCUCUUGCACGACCCAGCCGCAAUCACUGGAGGCACUCGCAGUUCGAAGAGUUGGGUUGCCGUGGAGGACAUUCACGCUCGAAUACAACGGCAAAGAGAAACCCUGCACGACUUCAUCCACCUGGGGAUUGGCGAAGUGGACGGUGUCGCUCCACCAUGCAAAGUCUUCGAUGAGCCGGUAUCGAAGCUUUUGGGCGCGUUGGAAACUCUGUCUUCUCAACGCGAGGCCUUAGCCCAUCACGCUGAAGACGUGGCAACCGUUCUCAAGAGAGUAAAGGCCGUCCAGGCCGAAGUCAAACGCGAGUAUAAUGACGCACUUUCACAUACGUCGCUGGUCUAUCCCGAGUUGUCACAAAUCGCAGCCUUGGAAGAGAACUAUCGAAACCACUAUCAGCAGUUUUGGGACAUCGGCCUGGACGCGCUUACCUUCUUCCUGGACACUAUGGCCCCCUUCUGGCGGAAUUAUGGAAAGAUUAUUGGUGAAGAUGUUCAGGACUUUCUUAUCGUUCCUUGGUACCGCAACGAAUUCACCGGUGAACCGAAGCGCUAUCUCAUCACGCAGCUACCCCAGCGUUCGUUUCGUCACUGGGGAGCCUUGCUCGCUCUGUCUUUCUCAUGGACAACUGGUACGAUUCUGCAAGCCCGUGGCGCUGUCUACUUCAGUUCUCAAAUUCACCUUCCUUGGAUUGACCAUAGCGGACUGUGGUCUCUCGUCUUUCCCGUUUACAUUACACUCCUUGCGAUCCAGUGGUGCGCAGUUGUCCUGGAAGUCGCCGUCAUUUUUGCCCAGUUGGGUAUAAUCGUCUGGUGGCUUGGCUGGUCUGUCAAUCUAUUCACGUAG